GUGUAAACCAAAAUAUUUACUAUAGCAGCCUUAUCAAUAAAGUUAUACUAAACCAUAAUUUCCUUAAAAUAAAAUAUUAAAAAAGAAUUCUGGUGCGAAGCAAUAUAAAUUUUCAAAUGGCAGCCACAAUUAGUACUGUUUACGUUACAGUUGGUAGCACAAAAUUUGAUGCGCUCAUUCAACAAAUCACAAGUGAUGACAUACUUAAAAUUCUAAAAAAGAAGGGAUGCCGAAAACUUAUCUUACAAGUGGGCAAAGGGCUUCGUGUUGAAGAAGAUAAAAUAGGCCACAAAUAUAACAUACAAGUUGAACAGUAUGACUUCAAAAUAGAACCAAAACGAAUGGAUAUCAUUAACUCUGAUUUGGUGGUGGGUCAUGCCGGAGCUGGCACUUGUUUGGAUAUACUUACAGCUCGCAAAUUGGGUAUAUUAGUAAUCAACGACCAGCUCAUGAAUAACCAUCAACAGGAACUUGCCUUGCAUAUGAAAAAAGAAUGCUACUUACAAUGUUGCACAGUGGAUGAGUUGAAAACAGCAUUGGAAAAUGUAAAUACUGAAAAAAGAAACAUGUACGAGCCUGGAAAGAAUAUGAAUAAAUUUGUGGAGUUUAUGGAUGAUUUGUUAGCCAACUAAACUA